GUAGCUUCUAUGGAUUGUAAUCGUAUCCUACUUCAACUUACUGAUUGCUCUCGAUUACCAAUUCUUUGUCUUCAUAAUACACCACCAAAUAAAUUGUUUGGAUCAAGAGAAUAUAAAAAAUCUAUCGAUUAUAGUCAAAGAGAAUCAAAGCAAAGUAUAAAAAGCGAUGGUAGAAAUUCACCAAGAAUUGGAACAACAAUGGAAACAAAAAAUCGAACAUUAUCACGAGCAAAUGAUUACAACAGUCCUUAUCGCAAGUCAACACUGCAAUCAGGUGGAAAAGAAUCGGCACCAUUACAUUCAAUUUUAAAAUCUAGCAAAAGUUUGGUACCAAACUCACCUGCAGCAAAAGUAUCAUUUUCAAAACCGAUGACCAAUCAAUCUUCAUCUUCCAUGUAUUGCCCAACCAAAUCAAAUUUGUGUACAGUACAAUAG